UAUGGGGCUCAUUGAGAAAAUCAAGGAAAUUGAGGAAGAAAUGGCCAGAACUCAGAAGAAUAAGGCAACUGAGUACCAUAUGGGUCAAUUGAAGGCUAAAUUGGCCAAAUAUCGUACUCAAUUAUUGGAGCCACCUAAAUCUGGUCCAAAGGGCGAAGGAUUUGAAGUUUAAAAGUUUGGUAAUGCAAGAGUUUGUAUGAUUGGAUUCCCAUCUGUUGGAAAGGUAAGAGCAUCAUCUCUAUCUCCAAGUCCACCAUUCUUUCAACUUUAACAAAAACCUAAUCCUUAGUGGCUGCUUACGAGUUUACUACAUUAACAUGCAUUCCUGGAGUAAUUGACUAUAAAGAUGCUAAAAUCUAAUUGCUCGAUCUUCCAGGAAUUAUUGAGGGAGCCUCUGAAGGCAGGGGAAGAGGAAGACAAGUCAUUGCAGUUGCUAAAGCUUGUGAUCUGGUUCUCAUGGUUUUGGAAGCCGAUAAAGCAGAGGAUCAGAGAAGGAAACUCACUUUGGAACUCGACAAAAUGGGUAUUAGACUGAAUAGAAAGAAACCCGAUGUGACAAUUACACCAAAUAAAUCAGGAAUGUAUCAUAUAUCAUUAUCACUUUUAGGGUUCGAAUUACAUCGACUAUUAAAUUGACCAAAGUAGAUGAAAAAUUAAUCAAGAACAUUAUGUAAGAAUAUAAAAUCCAUAAUGUUGAUAUACUGAUAAGAGAGGAUAUCACAGUAGAUGAUUUGAUUGAUAUUAUUGAAGGGAAUAGAAAAUAUGUCAAGUGUCUAUAUGUUUUCAAUAAAAUUGAUAAGAUAUCCAUUGAAGAGGUGGAUGAAAUUGCCAGAAGAAAGGAUCAUUGUGUGAUAUCAUGCAAUUUGAAACUCAAUUUGGAUUAUUUGUUAGAGUGCAUGUGGGACAAACUUGAUUUAGUCAGAGUCUAUACAAAAAAGAGAGGAAACUAGCCAGAUUUUUCUGAUCCCAUAGUUCUCAGUAAUGAACGUAAUGGUUUGAUGGUUAGAAGUGUUUGUGCGCAGAUUCAUAGAGAGUUGGUUGAUGAAUUCAAGUUUGCUAUUGUUUGGGGGAGAAGUUGCAAGUAAGAUCUUUGAUUUAUGCAGGUUUAACCCUUAGAAGGUUGGAUUGAACCAUGUAUUAGCUGAUGAGGAUGUUCUCUAAAUUUACAAGUCCAAAACCAAGGCUUAAUUAGCCAAGUAAAACAAAUAAAUCAAGGGAACUAAACAUGAUAGGAAGAAAGAGGAGAAAGGAGAGAAAAGUUAAAAAAAAUGAAUGGACU